AUGGCCUCCACGGGCGACAAGCCGUUGUCGGUUGACCCCUCGGCUCCGCUCCCGCCCGCUGCCCCCCCUCCCGGCGCCGGGCCGCACGACAAGCAGCAGCAGCAGCAGCAGCGGCAGCACGACCUCGACUCCUCGGGCGACGAGGACGGCCCCGAGCCCGCCGGCCCGGCCGACUACAAGCGCCUCGGCCGCGAGCGUCCGGCCGUGCUGCCGAGCCUGCUCAUCGAGGCCGGCUUCGUCGCCACCAUCGUGCUGUCCAUGAUGCUGAGCGAGUACUUCAUCGGCGGCUUCAACAUCGUCCUCCCCCCCCUCGCCGACGCCCUCGCCAUCCCGCCGGCGUCGCGCACCUGGCCCGCCGGCGUCACCAACCUGACCACGGCGGCGCUGCUGCAGCCGUUUGCGCGCAUGUGCGACCUCUACGGCGCCCGCCUCGUCUUCCUCGCCGGCCACGCCUGGCUGCUCGUCUGGUCCCUCGUCAGCGGCUUCAGCACAAACGCAACCAUGCUCAUCCUCUGCCGCGCCAUGCAGGGCAUCGGCGCCGCCGCCUUCCUGCCCGCCGGCCUGGCCCUGCUGAGCCGCACGUACCGCCCGGGCCCGCGCAAGAACUUUGUCUUCUCCGUCUACGGCGCCUUUGCCUGCAUCGGCUUCUACUUUGGCAUCUUCAUGGGCGCCGUCGCCGCCGAGUACCUCGACUGGCGCUGGUACUUUUGGAUCGGCGCCGUCCUCGGCCUCCUCAUUGCCCUCGCCGGCCUCCUCACCGUCCCGCGCUGCCUCGCCGACGCCGACCCGCACGCCCGCAUGGACUGGUGGGGCGUCUUGACCAUUGUCCCGGGCCUCGUCCUCGUCGUCUUUGCCUUUACCGACGGCGGCCACGCCCCCGACGGCUGGCGCACCCCUUACAUCUACGUCACCCUCGGCGUCGGCCUCGUCUUCCUCGCUGCCGCCGUCUACGUCCAGGGGUGGGUGGCCUCCCAGCCCCUGCUGCCGCCGGAUCUCUUCAAGCACCGCUGCAUCAAGCGCCUCAUGGGGGCCCUGUUCUGCUCCUACGGCGUCUUUGGCCUCUUUCUCUUUUACGCCAGCUUCUACAUCGAAGUCGUCAUGCACACGCCGCCCAUCCUCACGGCCGCGUGGUUCACGCCCCUGGCCGUCGGCGGCAUGUUCCUGGCCAUUGGCGGCGGGCUGGUGCUGCACAUCAUCCCCAACCGGCUGCUCAUGAUCAUCUCGUGCGGCGGCUUCUUCCUGUCGACGCUCCUCUUCGCCCUGCUCCCCGACCAGGCCGCCAGCGGCAAGUCGACCAGCUUCCUCUACUGGGCCUACAUCUUCCCCGCCAUGCUGGCCGGCACCAUUGGCGUCGACAUCACCUUCAACGUGACAAACGUCUUCAUCACGACGGCCAUGCCGCGCCGCCACCAAGCGGCUGCCAGCGGCCUCAUCAACAGCCUGCUGUACCUGGGCAUCGCCUUCUGGCUGGGCAUUGGCGAGCUGGCCGUGUCGGCGACGGUGCAGAGCCGCGGCGAGGACAACGUGGGGCCGCGCGAGCAGUAUCAGAUUGGCUUCUGGACCGGCGUCGCCCUCUCGGCCGUGUCUUUCUGCCUGACGGUCACGGUCAAGAUGGGGCAGGCCGAGGCGUCGCUGACGGCCGACGAAAAGGCCGAGCUGGAGCGGGAGACGAACACGACCUGA